UCUGAAACGCUGAAGCUAAUGUUAUAGCGAAUCUAUUCGAUCAACACACGUCCAUCUUCUUCCUGAUGCAUUGAUACGUACAUCUCCAUUAGCGUCGAGUGUAAUGCUCGGUGGCGAACAAAGCACGGCACUAGACUGAACCUUUGGUAUGUCACAUGGUAUCUGCGAGCCCUCCUUCAAGGAGGUGAUAGCUUCUAUUCAGGCAGCCCUUGUUGACCGUACAGAAUCAUGCCAACCGCAAGGCAACCGCUUGCGGAGUGACUGUCACUUUAAUGUCUUGGCUUCUCGACUUAUCAUCGUUGCCCAGCGACCGACAUCCUGUCAUGACAGCUGCACAUCAUGCUCGCACGUCGGGCCAUCGCCUCCUGAUGCACCCCCGAUGCGUGUUUAUGUGAGUUCAGUCUGCCCAUCUGUUUCCAGGAAGUGGCUAGGCUCUCUCCCUUCCUUCCCCUCUCUUUCUCGCUCUCUUUUUUCCCGACCAUUUCUGCUAAAUUUGCCGUGCAGGAGGUUCCACCGGACGUCGCACCGCCAUGUUCCCGACCCAACUAAGACCACUCUUUCUUACAAUCCUCUCCUUAACUCUUCAUUCUGUCGUCUCAGGAGCAUUGGUCAAUAUCACCGUAGAUGAUUCUCAAACUGAAGAUGGAUCGACAAUCAUUCAGUACACCCCUACAGAGCUCUGGAAUGUGGGGACGGACUGUAGCGGAUGUACUGCACAUCCGGACUCGACCCGUACUUUGGAUGGCACCUGGCACGAUUCUACUCACGAACAAGGGGCCGGAGCUGACGGCCUACCUCUUGCUACUUUGCAGUUCGAGGGGAGCGGGAUUUACGUAUACUGUACCGUCGCACAUACAGCUACGUCUCCUGAUGGGAACUCGGACAUGACAUUCUUUAUCGACGGGCAGACUAUGGGAUCGUUCGAGCUGCCUCCCACAGGGCAAGCAGAUUACGAUUAUAACAUCUUGGUCUACGCGAACAGCUCGAUCCCACCGGGUUCCCACACCUUUGUGCUUCAGAAUGGCCGCCCGGGCGGUGCGAAGAGUCUGGUUCUUCUGGACUAUAUCGCAUACACACAUGAUGAUAAUACACUUCCGACACCGUUAUCAUCUACGACAACCCUGGCUUCCAGCCCCACGCCGCCUCUGUCUGUUACCGCGCCUCAGACCACACAAUCAUCUAUCCUUUCUACCUCCAAUAUCGGACCUACCUCGGCUACGUCCGCGACCGCCAGUGAUCUUUCCCACCUGACGUCAUCAUCUGGACUAGGCAUUUCAUCUGCUACAUCGUCUAGGUAUUCGACACUAGGAAGAUCGCUGAGUAGCACUUCCACGCGAGACCAACCAAGCGUUGUCAUUACGCCGCCCUUAUCCAUCUCCAACUCCCCGGCUAUAGCGGCUGCUGGCACAUCUUCGCAUUCCUCAACGUUAGGCAGGACACGAACUAUCAUCCUUGCCUCUGUGAUUCCCGGCGGUGUACUGUUCGGAAUCGUGGCUCUAGCCGUGUGGUGGCGACGCCGAGCUCAGUAUGAAUACUAUGCACCAGCGACCCGCGGGAUUGGCGAAGACCCCACGACAAGCGGGUGGACCAGUGACGCUUGGGCGCCGAAGGGUGAUGUGGGAGCCGGCUCGAACCAUGGGCACUCGAACCAUGGUCAUGAUUCCCCAUCAAACGUCUCUCGCAACGAUCAGCCUGUACGCUCAGGAAAGGCGGCUGACACUGUGGGCAGAUCGAGAGGCCUCACUAUCAGUUCUGCUGUGACGGCAGCCAGCUCUGCGUACUCAGCUUCGGCAUACUCGCGCUCCAGCUUUGGCUCCAGCGUACCCAUGCACACUACCGCGGACCACCCCGCACUACCGAGCCAAAGCGACACAGGGGCCAGCAGUACUCUCGGCUACGCGGCGCAGUCAGAAUCCGGCAAACGGGCAAGGCACCCUUAUGCAACCCGUACGCCAGAGCCUUACGACUCGGCUGAUGAGACAGCAGCCCUCUCAACUGUGCCCGAGCAGUCUUCGCCCGAGCAGUCUUCUGCGGCAUCGCACGAGAAUGCCCCGCGCGAUCUGGCAGCCCCUCCGAUGCAGACCGCAGUUGUACAGCCUGAACAGGCAUCAAACACUGAAAGCCAAUCGAGCCUUGGAAGGAGACCUUUUCCCGAUCGACCCGUCUUGGAACACCAGGCUCAGGCGGCGAGGUUCAGACGAUUCUUCCGUACGCCAUCGGGAUCAUCGGACAUGCCUCCAGCAUACGAUGAUCUUUCAGAACGUGGCAGAGAGAGCCUUCCAGGUAGCAUCAGAGAUACAAAGCUUUGAAGGAGUGGCAUUCGUUUUCGGGCUCGCAUGAACUUCAAGCGUCUUCGAUAACAUCAGUAUUCUCAGUUGUCGCUUCGUAUGGACUACUAUCACUCUUGCGAAAUACGGGACUUUUGUCAGCUGCUCGCGUAAGCUUCGAUACUUAACUUAUAUGCUCGAUUGGAGAUGGCAAACAGGAUUAGUGAUUGUUCCAGCAGCCUUUAAAAUUUGUAGAGACAUGCCAGUUUCCCACGCCACGUUUGCAGGAGGCUAAGUUUGCCUACACUUAUGUCGUCUCUUGGGCGUUUCUGGGCGCUCUACAGCUUGUAGCGCCAAUAAAUUCAAAUAAUAGAUCGCUCCUUGCUCG